CGUGCAUGUUCCUGUAAUCUACAGAAAAUCGACCCUCAGUUGGACGAGUUCUUCCAGACGCUCCGGAGGAAAGUGAAGAUCGGCAUUGUGGGAGGGUCGGACUACUCCAAGAUAGCUGAGCAGCUCGGGGACGAUGUGGUGGACAAGUUCGACUAUGUGUUUGCUGAGAACGGGACGGUGCAAUACAAGGACGGGAAACUCCUCUCAAAGCACGCCAUUCAGAACCAGCUUGGGGAGGAGCUGCUGCAGGAUCUGAUCAACUUCUGCCUCAGCUACAUGGGGCUCAUCAAGCUGCCAAAGAAAAGGUGA